UACUAAAACGUUUCCAAUCACUAUUCUCAGUUUACUUGGAUGAUUCUUCACUUGCCCAACAGCGCCAGGCACACACAGAAACGAAGUGACAGUUCAAAGACGUCAUCAAAGCUACCUGAGAACUAAACACUUCAAGAAAACAUUAGCCACAAAGCACGAUUCUCAGUUUUGUUUUACUUUUCUUCCAAAUUCAACACCAUCAUGGGUUCAAAAUUAUCCCCACUGCAAGACGUCUGCCCCAGUGACCGCACAUCCAGCCUCGAAUCAUUCGCUUCCACCACCGAAUGCACCCCCGAACCGCACGCCGAACGGCCCCAAACCGCGCUGCAGCACCUAGACCACACGAUCGGCAUCAUUUGGCACUGUUUCGACGCGUUUCGGCAGCAGUUCUUUACCGCGUCGCCGGACAGCAUCGAGUGGGCGGUGGAUUUCCUCGAGUCGUCGUCCACCGGCAGCGCCACCGACGAGCUACACUUUGUCGUGGCGUAUCUGCGCUGCGUGCAAGCCCUGGUGCAGCUCGUCUUCGGCAAGCACAGAACGCCCAAAGCAGCGCCGAACCCGAUCGAAGCCAGCUUGCGGGAGAGUGUGUCGAUGCACGGCUCCUCGAUGGAAAUGAAGCAGCAGAAGCAGCAGUCAGAAGGUACGCUAGAUCCUCUCCCACAGGAUCUUAUCGAUGAGCUGCUCCGGCUGUAUGCGCUGCUGGCCCGGUACAAGGAGGACGUUCAGCAGCACCGUGAGGACACGAUCGAGCUCAACCAGCUGCAGGAGAUUGAGCAGCUACUGCAGGAGCUGAACGAUUCCUUCAACACAACCGACAGUGCGGAAGAAGAAUGGCUGAGCUGUGUUAAGAAUGUGUGAAUGAGCUGCAACUUUGGAGCCGAUUGAGAGGGGCACACGAUCGUUCGGUAAAUCACACAAACCUCGUUAGUGGUACACCACGGUUGGUAGGCCAUCAACUUCUCCCAUUAAACUGCUUCCUGCUCCCUUA